UCGAAGCCGGGACUCGUGCGCUCUAGAGCGGGGCUGUAGCUGAACCCACUCGGCGUGUCUGGAGCUCUGAGGUGGGCAGAGACUAAACCCCUAAAGGUCCGCAGCCAGAGAGCCGCCCGUCCGAGGAAGUCAUGGCAACGACUACCUGCACGCGUUUUACGGAUGAAUACCAGCUGUACGAGGAGCUGGGCAAAGGGGCUUUUUCAGUGGUCAAACGCUGCGUCAAACUCUGCACAGGCCAAGAGUAUGCCGCCAAAAUCAUCAACACCAAGAAGCUCUCGGCCAGAGAUCAUCAGAAACUGGACAGAGAAGCCAGGAUCUGCAGGCUGCUCAAACACUCCAACAUCGUUCGUCUGCAUGAUAGCAUCUCUGAGGAAGGAUUCCACUAUCUCACCUUUGACCUGGUGACAGGAGGCGAGUUGUUCGAGGACAUCGUGGCGCGAGAGUACUACAGUGAAGCAGAUGCCAGUCAUUGCAUCCAGCAGAUUCUGGAGGCCGUACUCCACUGCCAUCAGAUGGGGGUGGUACACAGAGACCUCAAGCCGGAGAACCUGCUGCUGGCUAGCAAGUGUAAGAACGCGGCCGUCAAACUGGCGGACUUUGGCCUGGCGAUCGAGGUCCAGGGAGAGCAACAGGCUUGGUUUGGCUUUGCAGGAACUCCGGGUUAUUUGUCCCCAGAGGUGCUGAGGAAGGAGGCGUACGGUAAACCCGUCGACAUCUGGGCGUGCGGUGAGAUCUCCGCUUGUUUUUCUGCCCGCCGCCUCGUCGCCAUCCUGCUUGUCACUUUGAUAACGACUGUGUUUCUGUGUGUAGGCGUGAUCCUCUACAUCCUCUUGGUUGGGUACCCUCCGUUCUGGGAUGAAGACCAGCACAAGCUCUACCAGCAGAUCAAAGCCGGAGCCUACGAUUUCCCCUCUCCAGAGUGGGACACAGUGACUCCGGAGGCCAAAAAUCUGAUCAACCAGAUGUUGACCAUCAACCCGGCCAAGAGAAUCACCGCCCCGGAGGCUCUGAAGCACCCAUGGGUCUGUCAACGUUCCACAGUGGCCUCCAUGAUGCACCGGCAGGAGACGGUCGAGUGUCUGAAGAAGUUCAACGCCAGGAGGAAACUCAAGGGUGCCAUUUUGACAACCAUGCUUGUAUCAAGGAAUUUCUCUGUGGGUCGGCAGACGACUGCGCCUGCUUCCAUCAGCGCCGUGGCAGGAACCACCUCCGGCAUCGUGGAACAAGCCAAGAGUCUCCUCAACAAGAAGGCUGACGUCAAGCCCCAGACAAACAGCACCAGAAACAGCACAGUCACCAGCCCCAAAGGCCCCACCACUGCUCUGGAGCCUCAGAUUACCGUUAUCCAUAAUCCAGUAGAUGGGAUCAAGGAAUCAUCUGACAGCAGCCAAACAACAAUUGAGGAUGAAGAUGUGAAAGCUCGGAAGCAGGAGAUCAUAAAGAUCACAGAGCAGCUCAUCGAAGCUGUCAACAACGGAGACUUUGAAGCCUACGCGAAGAUCUGCGACCCUGGUCUUACCUCGUUCGAGCCUGAGGGGCUCGGAAAUCUGGUGGAGGGAAUGGACUUCCACAGAUUUUAUUUUGACAAUCUCCUUUCUAAGAACAGCAAACCCAUCCACACCACCAUCCUAAACCCUCACGUCCACAUGAUCGGAGACGACGCGGCCUGCAUCGCCUACAUCCGCUUGACGCAGUUCGUGGACGGCCAGGGCCGUCCUCGCUCCAGCCAGUCGGAGGAGACCAGGGUGUGGCACCGCAAGGACAGCCGGUGGCAGAACGUCCACUUCCACUGUUCAGGAGCUCCUGCAGCGCCGCUGCAGUGACGAGGCACUGCGAGGAGCAGAGGCGGAGCAAGCAGUCGAUCCCAGAGCAGGGAUCAGCGCUGAGAGAGAGGCGCAGGUGGAUGGAGGGCGGGUUUGGGGAUUCUGGGACAGCGGUGGUCCUCCUGCACCCUGCACACCCACCUGGCUCUUCUCUCUCUGCAAGCUCUGACGACACCGAUGCUGCUACGAGGUGACUCUGACGUCUUCUUCUAGCCUGUGUGCGGCUGGACGGCGCCUGUCCUUCAUCCUGUCGGCCUCUCCCCUGAUGAGGCUUUUCCCUCUCAACGUAUUGAUCUCUAAUCCUCAUGUUACUAUGGCUGCAGUCUGUUGUUGUGCUCUCUGAACUGUGUUUACUGUCUGAACCCUUCCUCUCCUCUUUUUCACGGCGAGCAUGACUCCGGCGCGUGUUCUUGAUAUUACCCCUGGCUGUUUCUCUGCACGACUAAGGCUGCACAACCCAGUGGUGGGCGUAUUUAAUUAAGCCUUUUGUUCUGUUACUCAUUGUUGUUUUGACCUUUUUUGCCUCUGGAGUGUAGAUGACCCUGAACCGACGCCUCCGUAUGUUUUCACCGGACCGUCGGUCACCGGUGAAACCAUGCAGCAUGCUAAAAUGUUUGUUAUUCUUAAAGAUUCUCAGUGUGCUGAACAUUGAAGUUUCCUUUUUUAAUUUCCUUGAUGAUGAUUACAGUACCUCCCUGUCCAUGUACAGUUACAGUCCCAUCGUGGUGGUAUUUACUUGCAUGAUAUUCCAAGUUAAAGCAUUGCUAAGUUGGAUGUUCUUGUGCAUUUGGAUUUAUUCUCUCUUUAUUGGACUAAGCUACUGGUGAGCUUCAAUCUGUCGCCUCUGUUUCCAUGGUUGUGUAAAUGCAGACACUGAUUUUUGUGUCAAUAUGAUAAAUAGUCUAGUGAGAAUGUGGACGGCCAUCACAACUGAGUUUUGGCCCCACAUCACAUUCAAAACAGCUCUUUAUUGUUUCAUAGCCCCAACAGAAACUACAGCAUCCCAACUGGACUCUUUUCUGAUUUAAAGUGGAUUUAAAGGUGGAGUAGAUGAUGCUGGCGUCUUAAAAAACUGAUCUAAUGUGGAAGCAGCAAAAACUACAGUUCCUUUACUGACUACUAGGGUCUAGAUCCAGCUGCCAUCGUUUUAUCUGCCAUUGUUUCAGCUGCCAUAAUUUUAUCUGCCACUUUAGCACUUACGGUUAACUUCUUAGCUGUGAAUAGAGGGCUAACAGAACAUUAUCAUUUAAAUUUAAAGAUAAAAGGAUUGUUGCACUGUUACUACAUCUAGACUGCUGAAGCCGGUUCUGGGAUGGUCUGGACCCGUCUAUGAGCGAUGCGGAUCAGAUCUGUCCAUUUUAGUUCAUCCUAAGCUAUGGUGCUAAUUAGCAUUACCUUACGUUAAUUCCUCCUUGUUUCUUCUUAUCCAUACAAGUCUAACAGAGUCACUCUUGAUCCAGCCCGUCCCCCAGGGCUAACUGGUCCCUACUAGAGCCAGCUGUUGCCCCUGACAACAAAGCUCUUGGGAUCAUAAUGAUGCGUGAACUCGUCCAAUGUGAUGAGAUAGCGGCUCGAGGAGCUGAAUGCCAAGAACGCAACUCUGGACUUGGUCAUCUUUGGGGUUUCACCAUCGUCAAGUCGCCUCAAAUACAGACUUUGUGUUUAAAUGUUAAGCUAAGAAAUCCAUCCAUCCAUCCAGCCAUCCAUCCAUCCAUCCAUCCAUCCAUCCAUCCAUCCAUCCAUCCAUCCAUCCAUCCAUCCAUCCAUCCAUCCAUCCAUCCAUCCAUCCAUCCAUCCAUCCAUCCAUCCAUCCAUCCAUCCAUCCAUCCAUCCAUCCAUCCAUCCAUCCAUCCAUCCAGGGGCAGUCUCAACAGAGAUGCCCAGCCUUGUCCUUUCGGUCACUACCCAAAGUUCAUGACCAUAGGUGAGGGUAGGUGCGUAGAUUGACCGGUAAAUCGAAGGCUUCGCCUUUCGACUCAGCUCCCUCUUCACCACGACGGUCCAGUACAUCGACCGCAUAACUGCGGACGCUGCACCGAUCCGUCUGUCAAUCUCACGCUCCAUCUUUCCCUCACUCGUGAACAAGACCCCGAGAUACUUGAACCCCUCCACCUGAGGCAGGACUUCUCCACCCACCCAGAGAAGACAUGCAACCUUUUCCCGGUGGAGAACCAUGGCCUCAGUUUUGGAGGUGCUGAUUCUCAUCCCUGCCGCGUCGCACUCGGCCUCAAACCGCCCCAGCACAUGCUGAAGGUCCCGGUCUGAUGAACCCAACAGGACAACAUCAUCUGCAAAAAGCAGAGAUGAAAUCCUGUGGUUCCCAAACCGGAUCCCCUCCAGCCCCUGGCUGCGCCUAGAAAUCCUGUCCAUAAAAAUGAUGAACAGGACCGGUGACAAAGGGCAGCCCUGCCGGAGUCCAACAUGCACUGGGUACAAGUCUGAUCUACUGCCGGCAAUGCGAACCAAACUCCUGCUCCGAUCAUACAGAGACCGGACAGCCCUUAAUAGAGGGCCCCGGACUCCAUACUCACUGAGCACCCCCCACUGAAUGGCACGAGGGACACGGUCAAAUGCCUUCUCCAGAUCCACAAAGCACAUGUAGACUGGUUGGACAAAUUCCCAUGAACCCUCAUCACCCUGCGGAGGGUUUAGAGCUGCUCCAGUGUUCCGCAACCGGGACGAAAACCGCAUUGUUCCUCCUGAAUCCGAGGUUCAACUAUCGGCUGUAUUUUCCUCUCCAGUACCUUGGCGUAGACUUUCCCGGGGAAGCUGAGAAGUUUGAUCCCCCUAUAGUUGGAACACACUCUCCGGUCCCCCUUUUUAAAAAGAGGGACCACUACCCCGGUUUGCCACUCCAACGGCACUGUCCCCUUCCUCCAUGCAAUGUCACAGAGGCGUGUCAACCAAGACAGCCCUACGACAUCCAGAGAGGUACUCAGGGCGAAUCUCAUCCACCCCUGGUGCCCUGCCACUGAGCUCCCCACCCACAUCAUAAACGGUGCCGGCAGAGUACUGCUUCCCCCUUCUGAGGCGCCGAACGGUCCUCCAGAAUUUCCUCGAGGCCGACAGAAAGUCUUCCUCCAUGGCCUCACCGAACUCCUCCCAGACCCAGGUUUUUACCUCCAGGACCGCCCGAGCCGCGGCUUGCUUGGCCUGCCGGUACCUAUCUACUGUGUCAGGAGUCCCACAGGCUAACAUAGCCUGGUAGGACUCCUUCUAAGAAGCUAAGAAAAUAUUGAGAUAUUUAUUAUCAGAAUGUAAACAACAAAGCAAACUAAUCAUCUACUCCACCUUUAACACGCUAUUGGCUUAGUUGACUAGUUUAGUUAGCUUCACAACAAGGAAUCGGCAUCCUGGUUAAUUUGCAAAUUUGUGUCAAUCAGCUGGCCAAUCAGAGCAGCCUGGGCUUUUCAGGAGGCAGGGCCUUAAAGAGACAGCCCCAGAACCAGAAGGGUCCACACUAAAGUCGAAAUAAAAUGUACACUAAGGAAAUAAUAUUGUCUUUUUGUUUCUUUUUUUUAAAUGAAGCACUUAAACCUGCUUAUGUGACCCCUAAAAUAAAAGAUCAACCCUUGAA